CCACUCCUCCCACUCUCUGGGCGGUUUGCUGUUCUGUUAGAAGGAUGUGUCUGUCUAGAGCUUAGGACACAAACCUUUUAUUACAAACUGGAUUUGUUGUAAAUGGGGGAAAUAUUUCCAUUUCGUUUUCGCUCAAAACGACCCAGUUAGCUGUGUACACAUCGACAACUACAAUUAAAUGCGUUUUUGUUUCUUUUGUACAUUUUUCUAGUAACGCUGUGAAAAAGAAAAAUGGAGUCAGCGGUUAGCCGCUACCAAGUGUUGCACAAUGAGGAUGACCCCUCUGAAAUGUGCCUUGCCGAAGAGCCUUCCACUUCCUCCCAGGCCGUUGCAGCUAGCAACCCUGUUACCACCGUAUCAGAUGGCGAGGUUCCACCCCCCUCUUAUGCCAGCUUGGCAUUAGGAGCCACAGCCAGUCCGGAGCGUGCGUUUCAAGGGGAUUUUCCUGUUCCACCCCCAUACAGUGUGGCCACAUCACUGCCCACCUAUGAUGAGGUUGAAAAAGCCAAAGCAGCUGAGCUUGCAGCCUCGACCGGGGACAACCUGCCACGAGAUGAGGAUUUUCCUCCCAGAGACGAUUUCAGUGAUGUUGAUCAGCUGCGUGUUGGAAACGAUGGCAUCUUUAUGCUGGCCUUCUUUAUGGCCUUCCUGUUUAACUGGAUUGGUUUCUGCUUGUCCUUCUGUCUCACUAACACCAUUGCUGGCCGUUAUGGAGCAAUUUGUGGAUUCGGCCUGUCACUCAUCAAGUGGAUUCUUAUUGUCAGGUUUUCUGAUUAUUUCACCGGUUACUUUAACGGACAGUACUGGCUCUGGUGGAUAUUUCUGGUCCUUGGUCUCCUGCUGUUCUUUAAAGGUUUUGUGAACUACCUGAAAGUGAGGAAUAUGUCAGAGGCCAUCACCAGCACACAGAGAGCUCGCUUUUUUUUCCUCUACUAAAGUUGCUCUCUCUUUCUCACUCUGUCCCUAUUUUCUCUCUGUCACCUGUCCCUCUUUAUUUUCUUAGUAUCACUUCCCUGAACAUUCCUGCUGCUGAUUUGUUGAACAGGAAGUGGAUGCAGUGUGAAAGGAAAAAAAAAAGCACCAGAGGUCCUUAAAGAGUGCUGCAAACCCCCCCGCCUCCAUAUUUAACCCACUCAAGCUGAAUGAAUUUAUUUUUGUUUGUUUUGUUUGUUUUUAUUUUGCUAAAAUUUCAUGUAGUUUAAUAAUGAGGUUUGUUAGUUUGGGAAAAUAUUUACUGUUGAAUAACUAUCUAUAAACUGUAUGCUGACAAAAACAAAAUGAACAAAAGAAGAAAACUAAAAAUUAUGCAGCCAAGACGUCCUAUGCAAUUUUCUGACCUUAAAUGUGAACAGUGAUUUAUCUCUCAUUAGCACUUUUAAAUAGAGGACCUUGGCACCUUUCAUUGCAGUAUUAACGUGCUUGAUAAUUUAAUUGUUUAAAAUAUCGGUAAGGUUAAACUUCAUGCUGAUGUACAAUAUUCUUUUUUUUGCACAUUUUCAGGUGCUGUUGUUUGCUUAAUUGUAUUGAACAGCUUGUGGGUUUUUUUAAAUUGUGUUGUGAAGCCAAUCAAGAUGAAAAAGAAUUGUGAAAAGAAUUUAUUUUUUUUUUUUGAUUUUCCGUUCUGCCUCCUGUCCGUUGGUUCAUUUGAUAACCGUAUCUACUUUAAGGAGGCUUGCAUUUAGCAAAUUAAUACUUUCAUGUUUAACUAUAGAUUAGCAUGUUAAGCUGUUAAGACUGGAAGUGCAAUUCUUUAAAAAAAAUUAUUUUUUUGCACUUUUCUUGUUAAUAGAUUUUUUUUGUAUCGAUUAAAUAAUGUGUAAAUUUCCUCAAACUGUGAACAGGGAUUUAGAUUAGUGUAGGAAAUGUCAACCACCUGAAUGCAGUGACUGUUCGAUCAGCAAUAGCAGAUGAUUAAUAACAUAGCUCUGUGCAUGGUUAUAACAAACAGCUGCACCAUUUUAACCUGAAUAAUAAAAUAAAGCAAAACAAAAUGCUUACAAAACUUUUGCUUUGCAACUAUUUACUCGUUUGUAAACAACUUUGUUAUCGUAGAAUGUGACAAUAACUUUCCACAUGAGCCCAACAGACAUCUUUUGGAUUUAACAGGAUCUUGAAGUCAGGUGCAAAAUCCUGAGACAUACACUGCACUACAUAGUGUAUACUGCAGAUGGAGUCCUUGCCUCGUUGUGUUUAUUGUGUUGGCCUAGUACCUUUUUGUUUUUCAUUUUUCUCAAAUCUUUCUCUAUUUAAUUAGCCUUAUGCUAAUGUAAAUAAAGCAUUGAAUGUCAUUUUUAAGUGUCAAACAUUUUAGCUGCCUUUUUUUAUUUUUUUUUUUAUUUAGAAAAGUAAAUGUUUCUAUUUGUGUUGUCCUGGGUUUAAUAUCCUACACUUUGGAAAUAAUUCAAUAAAGGCUCAUUAGCAUAACUGUACAGUCA